AUGGCAGUGGGCACGCCGAGUUUUUGUGCUCAAAGCUCACAGGUCCAAGGUUCGUGCCGAGCAGGCGCCCAAUCCAGAUCCACGGACACUAGCAGCAUCAUGGCCUGGGAACUGCUGCAAAUGUCUUUCUACGACGGCACAGCAGAGCUGGCUACUCGGAAUGGCUUUCUGGAUGUGCGUGUCCACGCCGUCGACACGGAACCGGCCCACCGGCGGGCGCAGAGCGCUCCACCUCGUUCGACUGGACUGCCCCCAGGCGGUGAAGACUGUGAAGACGUAGAAGAAGCAGGAAAGCCAAUCUCCCGCGAGAUCAGCAACAGCACUGCGAGCACAGACUGCCAGUGGCUCGAUGCGCCGGAUGCGGAAUUCGACAGGCAGAUCACCCAACAGAGCACAGUGGGCAUGAUGAGCACAUGCAGUCAAGAGAGCGGCAUGACAGACUCACCAACAGUGGCAUCCCGGAACGAGAAGAGAGGAGAUUUGGCAUCGGUCCACACCGUCAUGAUCAAGAACAUCCCGUGCCGCUGCGACGAAAAUGAGGUGCUCCGUGCCGUCGAUUCCUUGGGCUUCAAGGGCAUGUACAACUUUUUCUACCUCCCCAUGAAUCGGCGCCAUCGGCAGGGAAUCGGCUACGCUUUUAUCAAUUUCCGGGUGCUGGGAACUGCCGAGCACUUCAAAGAGGCCAUAUGCGGUUACCGUUUCCCCGGCCGCAGGAGCACUAAGCAAGUAGAAGUCGCUCCUGCAAAGCUGCAAGGCCUGGAGGCGAUGGACGAAUACUUCCGCCGCACGCCAGUGAGAGACAUGCCUGUCCGCCCGUUGAUGUGA